UAUAAAAUACAAUGAACCAAUUUAUGGGCAAGCAUGCCAGCUUUGAUGCAUGCACUAUUUUCCUUCCUUUUUUUCCAUUUUUUUUUCUCCUUUUAAUUAAAGCCAAUUCUCAGGGCUUAUAGCCUUAUUUAAACCCCACCACCUCUUGGGUUCUCAAUCACCCAAAGCAUCGGCAAAUUAGAUCCAAAGCAGCAAAUACUUCAGACCACUCAACCAUGGCAUCUCAAACUUCGCUCUCUCUUCUUUUGGUCACUGUCUUCCUAUCAGGGGCUAAUUCAGCUACAUUCACAUUCACAAACCAUUGCCCCUACACAGUUUGGCCAGGAGCCCUAACUGGGAGUGGUGCACAAUUAUCUUCAACUGGAUUCGAGUUAGCAUCAGGCGCCUCCUCAUCUUUGGAUGUCCCUUCUCCAUGGUCCGGCCGCUUCUGGGGCCGGACCCAGUGCUCCACAGAUGCCUCAGGAAAGUUUAUUUGUGGCACCGCAGACUGCGGCUCUGGUCAAGUCGCAUGCAAUGGUGCUGGUGCAAUCCCACCAGCAUCGUUGAUAGAAUUAACUCUAGCCCCGGGUGGAGGGCAAGAUUUCUACGAUGUUAGUCUCGUUGACGGCUUCAACGUGCCUCUCGAAUUAGCCCCACAAGGAGGGUCUGGUGGAUGUAGCGCCACAAGCUGCCCAGCUAAUGUCAAUAGUGUUUGCCCGGCAGAGUUGGCCGUAAAAGGGUCAGAUGGCGGUGUGAUUGCAUGCAAAAGUGCAUGUUUGGCUUUCAACCGGCCGGAUUAUUGUUGCACCGGCACAUUCGGGAGCCCUGAUGCAUGCCCUCCUACCGAUUAUUCAAAGAUAUUCAAGAGCCAGUGCCCUCAAGCUUAUAGUUAUGCUUUUGAUGAUAAAACUAGCACUUUCACAUGUACUGGUGGACCUAACUAUGCGAUCACUUUUUGUCCUUGAUAGAAUUAAAUGUGCCGACAGUAGCGUAAAAUAAAAAUUACUAGGCAAAUACAUCAUUGCUUAUUUCUUGUUACCAAAUGUGGUGAUUGUUCAAU